AUGAAUGGUCGUGGUAAAGCGAACGGAGCGGUGGGUGAUCAAACUUUCUCAAAAUUUCUUUUCAAUAAAGAUAAGGGCACAUGCCUGGGACGAACAGCUAAAUCAUGGGUUCAAAUAUUGGCGUUUUAUUUGGUCUUUUAUUCAUUACUCAUAGCAUUUUGGAUUGGUUGCUUAGCGAUAUUUCUUUCCACAUUGGAUGAAAAAGUUCCUCGUUAUUAUGGCAAAGGGACAAUUAUCGGUGUAAACCCUGGCGUUGGUUAUCAACCUUGGCUUUUGGAUGAUCCUGAUUCGACUCUCAUUAGGUUCAACAUACGUGAUAAGUCGUCAUAUCAGAAAUAUGUUGACACAUUGGACAAAUAUCUUUCAAAAUAUAGCAAUUUAACAGCAACCCGUAAAUGUGUUGGUAAUCAAAGCAAUGCACAACUUUUCAUGGAUGGAAGUGCUAGACCUGAAAUUUUAUCUGGCGAUGACACUGUCAAGUCAUGCCGUUUUGAAUUGGACAAAUUCAGUAGAGCUGGUUGUGGCAAAAAUAUUAGUUAUGGCUUCUCAGAAGGGAAACCAUGCGUAAUUUUAACUUUGAAUCGAUUAAUUGGUUGGAUGCCAAUCGAUUACGCACCUGAUUCAGUGCCUGAAAUUAUCAAAGAACGAUAUAAACCAAAUUUCGUAACACUGAAAUGCGACGGAACGAGUGACAUCGAUAAGGAACAUGUUGGAAAUGUGAAAUACAUUCCGGAAGCGGGUAUUGAUGGUAAAUACUAUCCAUAUGCUGUUAUGCCUAAUUAUCAACAACCUUUCGCAAUGAUAAAGUUUGAUAACCUACCACGCAAUAAAGUUGUUUUGAUCGAAUGUCGAGCUUAUGCGCAAAAUGUUGAAAUUGAUAUUACGUCAAAAUUGGGAAUGGUCAAUUUUGAAGUGAUGGUGCAGGAUGUUGAACCGGAGAAACCGAUAGAGCAAUCGCGGUAA